GACACGGCUUCCAGUCUGUCUUCUGUAGAUUAUUGGAAAGAAGUUCCUUUGGAUACCAAGGGUCAUCGUGACAUCCCUCCUCUCUGCUUUAUCCCAUAAUUUCUGACAGAUGGCUCCUUCCCCAUGCGUGCAUCUACCCCUCCCAGAACCAGAGGGCCAAUAGGAAGCUCAAAAAACCAGAGUCUCUGAUAAAGGAUGGAGUCCCAGGACUUUAUUUGAUCCUUUGGCCCCAGGCCACCCACGGCCCCCACAGGAGGCCACUUCUGGGCAGAGAUGGACAGAGGCAGGAGGAGUACACAAGAUGCUGGUGGUAACCCUGGGUUCUGGGUCUUGGGUCCUCAUCCAUCUCGUGUGCAGUGUGGGAAGCAGGCAGCCAGGCUGCCUCAAACAGCCCCACCUGGCCAGGACCAGGCCUGGGCUCUGAGGCUCUCUCAGAUCAGUUAGCCCAUGUCUGCUGGCAAAGGGGACAAUAGCCUGGCUCUGUAGGGCUGGACCCUAAGAUCCCUAGCAAUGAGUGCUGCUGCCAGAGGCUGUCUCACACCCUUCCAGAGAGGAUAAAGUGGGGGUCGCCCUGCCUGCCUCCUUUCCCCAGCGGGUCAGAGGGCGGGGAAGCCCCGCUGCGCGCCCAUUCUAGUGACUGGAGCCAACCCCCGCACCAGGAUUGGACGCUGGAGAACCGGGCGGGGCAGCGGGGACCCCAGAAGCCCAGGCUCCCCGCGCCCUCUGCGCAGACGCUUUUGGCCCAAGCAGCGAGGACAGGCACCAAGCGAGCGGCAGGCGGCGCAGAGAAGGCGGUGGCGGGGUCAGCAGGGCCGCCAGGAUGUUUGACAGCUCGCAGUACCCCUACAACUGCUUCAACGACGACGCUGACGACUACCCGGCCGGUAGUUCCGAUGAGGAAAAGCGACUCACACGGCCGGCAUACAGCUACAUCGCGCUUAUAGCCAUGGCCAUCCAGCAGAGCCCCGCGGGCCGCGUGACCCUGUCGGGCAUUUAUGACUUCAUCAUGCGCAAGUUCCCUUACUACCGUGCCAACCAGCGCGCCUGGCAGAACUCCAUUCGCCACAACCUGUCGCUGAACCCCUGCUUCAUCAAGGUGCCGCGCACCGAGGGCCACGACAAGGGCAAAGGCAACUACUGGACGUUCGCGGGCGGCUGCGAGUCGCUCCUGGAUCUCUUCGAGAAUGGCAAUUUCCGCCGGCGACGCAGGCGACGCGGCCCCAAGCGAGAGGGGCUCCCGGAUCCCCCGGAGCCGGCCGCGCGUGUGUCCCUCGGCCCGGGCGGUGCGCAAGUCCCGGACAGCGAGACCCGAGCCAGCCCCGCGGCCCACAGAGACAUCAAAUUCAGCAUCGACUACAUCCUGUCCUCUCCAGACCCCUUUCCGGCGCUCAGGUCGCCCUGUCACGCGCAGGAAGCCAGAUGCCCGGCGCUGCAGCCCCAGCAAAGGAGCCUCCACUUUUGGGCAGCCUGAGGUGGCGGCUGAAGUCAGUUUGGGGACCCCAUGACCUGAUCCUCCCGCUGGAGGCGGGACUUUAAGCUUCAACCUGAGCCAGAAAUUCUGGACUUUGCUACAGGGACAAAUUUCUUCCCUGACUGCCCCAGGGCUCAGCCCUCCCUUAAAGGAAUCAACAGGAGGCUUUCUUAUAAAAGGUAUUUACUGUGA